GAAGGGGCCGAGCCCGGCGCGCCGCGCCGCCGGAAGCGGCACGCAGCAGCCAUGGCGGCGCUGGUGAGAGCCGUGAGCUGCCAGUUUGGAGUAACUCAAUGGAUAGCAGCAUGCAGUGGAUUAUUACAGACCACCAUGGUCCAAGGCCAAUGUAAAAGGAUGCUCUGUAGUAUUUUCCAGAGACACAAGACUGGACGAUUCCAACUGUCUAAUGUCUAUGGUGGAUUGACUCAAGCUAAUGGAGCCAUUACACAGCAAAAUAGAACGUUUUACAACACAAAUAAGCAUCUUUCUGCAAAAGAUUCCUUGCAGCCAUCCGAAGAAAAAGUGGGUGCCUUCACAAGGAUAAUAGAAGCAAUGGGUUUCACAGGACCUCUGAAAUAUAGCAGAUGGAAAAUUAAGGUAGCAGCUCUGCGUAUGUACACAUGUUGUGUGGAGAAGACUGACUAUGAGGAAUUUUUCAACAGAUGCCAUAUGCCUGAUACUUUGAAUUCAUGGUUUUUAGUAGCCCAGCUUCAUGUCUGGAUGUGUCUGGUACGAAUGAAGCAGGAAGGUCGAGCAGGAAAAUACAUGUGUCGCUAUAUAGUUCAUUGUAUGUGGGAGGAUGUUGAACAGCGUGGUAAGGUGAUGGGGUGUUCAGAGAAGGCGCUGCAGAAGCAGUGGAAGGAGGUGAUAGUUUCACCACAACAGUAUCACAGUGGACGUGGUGCAGCUGAAGAUGCCCAUCUCCAGGACACUCCUAGUGGGAAAAGAGGGAUUAAUUCUGCUGCUCUAAAAGAAGAUAUGAGAAGUAUGGUAGAAAAUUUCUAUGCAGCUCUGUUUGGAUAUGAUGAGGGAAUCUUGUCUGAUGAUCAUGUUCUGGCAGCAGCGCUUUGGAGAAACCUUUUUAACAGGAACUGUGAGGACCCUAGACAUCUGGAGUUACUUGUAGAGUACGUGCGCAAACAGUCUUUAACAGUGGCUAUUAGUGGAGGCCCAGAGAGGAAUGUAACAGCAGGGCGAGCGUGUGUGCUGUUUCCCUGGUCAAGUCUCCCAGCAGUCUGUGUCCCUGCAAUUCCUCAGCCAGAAGUGGUGCAGCACCUGGACGCCCUCAGCGGGGAGGAGCUGCUGCUGACGGGCGAGGUGAGCUGGCGCCCCCUCGUGGAGAGCGACGCCCGCAGCAUCCUGAAGCCUCUUUCGCCCGUCUACAACGAUGAGGGACUCUGAGAGCUUCGCCGCCUCGCCCCGGGGUUCGCCUCUCAAACCGGCUGGGGAAACCUGCCUCCGACUGGACUGGUCUGGUGCGGUGGGGUCACGAAGGAAUAGCUGCUGUGGGCAGAAUAUGUUUAAAUAGAUGCCGUGUCUGUGGUGACUCGGUAGCAAAUUGGACAGCUGCACUCUUCUGAAUAUUCAUCUCUGAUUAAAUGCUUAGUUGGUUCAAGAACCUUUGUCGCUGUAAUGGCACUGAGUGGCCCUUGCAGACAAACUCCAACCAGACGUUUUACCAUGAGUUAUAGUUCUCCCAAGAAGACGUUUCUGUACUUCGCCUCACUCGGAGAGCUGCUGCGUGCAGACACGGCGGUGUUCCUCUGCUCACGGAGUGGUUGUGAACACAAGUCUGAGCUUUGCUUAUUAGAUGUUCAUAUAUUUUAAAAGCCUGACAUUAAGAUAGAAUGGUCCAUUUUUGAGUUGAGAAUUGCUUUAACAGAUACUGAAGGAUUUUCCAUGAAAAUUCUUUUUAGGAACUCUCGGCGCUGCUGCACGAGGAUAUGAGGAUGGAAAGAACAGUGUACUGUUCCCACUGAUCCUCUCUGGCUCUAACCAUCCCAGGGAGAAACAAAGCCUGAAACGUGGCUGGGCUGUCGCUAAAAGCUACCUCAGGGUAUUUGAUAUUUCAGAGGAGCUCUGCCUUGCUGGUGUUUCCAUAUUCUUUUUAGAGUUGUGUUCGAGUUAUUUCUUUAGGAAAGUAACAUCUCCAUUUCUGUCCAUGGCUCUUAAUGGGAUAGGACUGUGCUAUCCCGUACCCCUCAGAACAGGGGCCCAGAGCUUUUUAACAAGACCUAUUAACCCCCAUUAACACACAGGCAAAUUACCCCUACCUGAUAAUUAUGAAAGCAAUUGCUCCACUGAUUAAAUCAUCAGCAGCUGAGGUGUGCUGUGCAGGGGGAUGGUUCACCAAGCUAUUUCCAGGUCAGUGACAAAAACUGUUUUCAUUUCUCUCAUGUCUAAAAUCCUAAUCCAUAAUAAAUGUCAGUCUGGAUAAAACUGAUGUGUAUGUGUUUUCUGUGCCAUGUGUGCUUCUGAUAAGAACAAACCCCAUAAUAUUAGGGCUUAUUCCUAAUAAAACUAUUAAACAAAAAUAGAAGAUAAUAAUCCUUACUUUGUGAUCAAAUGCUGUUAUUUCUGGUGAAAGUGUGACUGUGCCUGGUUGUAACUGUUCUUGCUUCUGAUGUUGCUUCCUUUGGAUUGUGUGUUUCGGUGAAUAUUCGGCAUCCCUCUUCUGCGUGAAGAGCAGUGGGAUGUAGAAUAUUGGCUCCCAAACACUGGCCUGUGUUUUUUUAACCUUCUCUUAGGGAGCCUUCUCAGUACUUAACAAAAUGCCUUUUUUUUUUUUCCCCUCAAUUUUUUUCCAAGGCGAACUUCCUCAGUUUAACUUGUUAUAAAAUGAGUCAUGUAAAGAAACCCUCUAUGUGUGAGGUGUAUCCCUCCUCUGUGAAAACAUUACAGACCAAACAACUUGCUUGCAGUUUAUUUAAGAUGCUUUUGUUGAAAGCUGAGCUAAGCAGAGAAACCUCUUAUGUGUGAAGUAUUAUACAGUGUGUGUGAGAUAAUAACACCUUGUAAUUCAUUACAGCUGGGUUGUAUUUACAUAAAAGAAGGCUGAGCUGUGUAGGAAUUUGCUGAUUAAUUUAUUUUUAAUGGAAGUGAAGUAUACCAAGUACCAAAAUAAACUUUUCUUUGUGUA